AUAACAAAUCCGGCAGAGCCAAGAGAGUCGAGAAGCACAAAAUCACUGGUGCCGAUAUAUUUUUUCGAUUUGGUUCCUUUCACCGAGAAAAAAUUACUGAACCAGUUUUUAGCCUGUAAGUUCUAGUGGUAAGAUUGCUCGGAGGCAGCUUAGGAAGUUGAGAGGUUCAAAAUUUCACACAACAUGAGUUCAAAUCUCAUACGAAUCGCUGGCAAGCGAUACAUUUCGAUUCUCAGCCGCGUUUGGUCGGGCUCCGCUGGAGCGGCAAAGUACUCCGAGGAAUCCUUGAGGAAAACACUUCAGGGCAAAUUCCCGCAGGCGAAGAACGUUGUGGUCAGUGACAUCUCCGGCGGGUGCGGAUCGAUGUACGAAAUUUUCGUUGAAACCACCGAGUUCAAGGGGCUGUCCACGGUGAAGCAACACCGGUUGAUCACCGAAACGUUGAAGAGUGAAAUAAAGGAUAUGCACGGGUUGCGGAUACACACGGCGAUUCCGAGUGAAUAAAUUUAGUUUUGUUUAAAA